CUUAAUUCGUGGUCACAGGUUAACCACCGUAGAACCACUCUUACCAUUUUCUCUUAUCACUCACGGACACCCGGGUAUCUAGACACGGUCUUUAUUUUUUCGGGUCAUUUCUUUUGAAGUUUUAAGGCAUUCAAAUCCUGGGCUUAAUAUACAAUUUACAAUGCAAAAUUCAAAGCAAAUACCAGAAACCAGGAGAUGUAAACCAGCCAAAUUAUAUGAAAAAUCAUCAUUUGUUGAUAUUUAUGAAGUAUUGCAAUCCUUAAGAAAUGGUGAAGUUUUUUGUGAUAUUAAACUUGAAACAGAUGAUAACAAAAUAAUAUUCGCACAUAAAGUAGUUUUAGCAUCGGCUAGUCAAUAUUUCCAUGCUAUGUUCACAAAAUUUCUAGAAGGGAAUCUUGAUCUUGUAGUUAUAAGACAGAUAGACUCAACCGCUUUACUGCACUUGGUAAAUUUUAUUUAUUCAGGAAAAAUCAUGGUUACUGAAGAAACCGUCCAGGUUUUGUUACCAGGUGCUAAUCUCUUGCAGUUAGAAGAAGUAAAACAGGCAUGUUGUGAUUUUUUACAGACACAACUCUGCCCUGCAAAUUGUAUCGAUAUAAACGCAAUAGCUAAUUUAUAUAACUGUACGGAAUUGUUAACAAGUUCAGAACAAUAUAUUCAACAACACUAUUCAGAAGUUGUUGGCAGUGAAGAUUUCCUAUCUUUAUCAUCGGCACAAGUAAUUAAGUUGAUCUCCAGUGAUAAACUUAAGGUUUCAUCUGAAGAAAAAGUAUUUGAAAGUGUUAUUCGUUGGGUAAAACAUGAAUUAGGUUCAAGAAAAUGUUUUUUACCCCAUUUACUGGAAUACGUACGUUUACCAUUAACAUCAAAGAACUACAUAAUAGAUAAAGUUGUUGAGGAACCUCUUCUUAAAAAUUGUUUUAAAUGUAAAGAUUACAUAAGUGAGGCAUUAAAUUUUCAUAUACUCAAGGCAGCAGAACUUAUUCCACAAAACAUCCGGCAUCAACCUAGAUAUGGAGAUAAAGUGAUAUUGGUUGAUGGUGGAAUGGAUACUAACGUAAGUAAGGGUAUAGAAUGGUAUGACCCAAAAACGGACCGAUGGCAGUAUGCACCAGAAAUGUUUACAACCCGUGAAGGAGCUGGUCUAGCUGUAGUGAAAGAAAAUUUAGUGUUUGCUGUGGGUGGUGUUGAUAAAAAUCAUGUUGAAACUCUUCGUUCAGUUGCUGUGCUGGAUGUUACUUCAGAAUCACCAUAUUGGAUACAAACAGUUGACAUGAUAGUUAAACGAGAAUAUCCAGUAGUUGGUGUAAUAAACAAUUAUCUAUAUGUCGUUGGUGGAUUUAAUACUGAUGAUGGAGAUUUAAAUAGUGCAGAAAUGUUUGACUACAAUACUCAAAAAUGGAGUAUGAUAUCUAGUUUACCUUUUAUAAGAUGUUCCUUUGGGGCCGGAGUCCUGAAUAAUCUUUUAUACGUGGUAGGAGGAUAUGAUCAAUCAUUACGGGAUUUAGACACUGUUGAAUGUUAUCAUCCCAGUUUUGAUACAUGGAAACCAGUUGCAAAAAUGUCCGUGUGUCGCAGUGAUGUCGGAGUAGGAGUUUUAGAUGGUGUACUGUAUGCUGUAGGUGGUUAUGAUGGAUUGAACUACCUUAGUAGUGUUGAAACAUACAGACCAAGUACAGGAGUUUGGACUUCUAUAACAGAUAUGCAUUUGCCUCGAAGACAUCCUGGAGUAGUUGCAUUAGACGGUUUAUUGUAUGUUGUCGGUGGACUCGACGACUCUCACUUUUUGUAUUCUUCAGAAUUUUACAACCCACAAACCAAUUCUUGGACCAUGGUCACAACAUCAAUGAAUGAUGAACGGAUUCAUGCAGUAGUACUAGCCAUUAAUAGGCCAAGACAUUUUACAACUUGUUAGCAUUCAUGAUGUUUAUUUUAUACAAUUUAUUAAUGUUUAUUAUAUUGUAUUAUAGUAUCAUUAUUGAUUUUCCAUUAA